AGCUGACUCAUGGCCUACAUUCGGCCUCCAGAUAAAUCCACCAUGGCGAAGGAGAGUCUUCCUUAGACUAACUCCAAUCAGGAUUCAGCAUGGCGACUAGUUCCCUCGACGCUUCCACGCCGGUCUACCCUCUCUACAUCUCUGGUGUCAUCGUCGAUUUCAGCAAGUCGAAAAAGAAUGUAGAGUCUGCUGAAGUACGGAUCAGCCUCAAGUUGCCUAUGUCAAUCAAACGCGGGGCAGGAAAGGCUUUGCGACAGACCUUUUCUCCACCCAUAAAGCUUUCUCUUGGGGAUACAUUUUCCUUACAUAUACGAUACAAGACAUGGCAUGGAACAGGGCAUGAAGACAUUAUUUUCGAACCAGAAGACAUGUUUCGCGAACGUAGCACAAUAGAAAGACGAGAGUACAACAAGGUUCAUAAAAAGUUCACAAUCGUCGUCGAACUUUCCAAGAAUCCAACAACCGAAACCGAGCAGUUUGUCUUUUCCGAUGAAUCCCUGGAGCUCCGGCCUACCACUGAUGACAUCUUUCGGAAGUGUCCUCAAUUCCGAAUUCUGGUGAUAGGAAAGACCGGUGUUGGCAAGUCUUCACUGAUCAACCACGCAUUUGGAGUGCAAAACGCGUAGACCACUUCGCACAAUAUGCCAGGCGAGGUCAGCAUCGACCAUGAAUUCAUCUCGCCACAGAACAACAAGUUUGUUCUCCACGAUAGCAAAGGUUUUGAACCAGGGGAAAAAGACAACCUCAAAAUAGUCCGAGAUUUCAUUAACUAUCGGAGAGCAAAGCCCGAUUUGAAAGAUCAGCUGCACGCCGUUUGGUGGGACCUCCGUCUUGAUGCGUUUGUACGGCGAACUGAUGACAU